AGCUGUUGUUACUGCAGGAGACAAGCAACCUACCUGGCUGAUUUUCACAGGGCCACAUGCCCCAGAGACUUCAGCAAACACCAGCCCUGACCUGCCCAGCUUGCCAGGGCACAGCUCCAGGUACCCUGGGCUCAGCCGGGGUCCGCGGUGAGCUGCAGCAGCCAAGAGGCAGCUUGGGGUGCUUGCAGGAGCAAAGUUUGCAAAAUCCAAGAGCCAGGGCACGGGCAGGCAGUAGAGGCACAAUCCCCCUUUACUUUUGGGGCACAGAAUUCUUUCGGCAAAGCGCCGGAGGAGCGGCCAGGAAGGAUGCCCCUGGCGAGGAGCGAUGGGUGCCGGGGCCCCGCAGCCGGGCGAAUCCGCGUCCUGUGACAUCUUGCCCUGUCAAGUGCAAUUACUGUAAUCUUCCACAGCUUCUCAAAAUACGGAUCCCGGCUUAGGAGCCGGGCAUCCGCAGCAUGAAAGCUGCCUUUGUGCCCGGGCAGAGCCUGGGUGCGAGCCAGCCCUUAGGUGCAUGAAGAAAAUGAGUUCUCCACGUGCUGGGAGAAGGCAGCAGAAGCAAGCCUUGCCGCCCGGCCCUGCUGCGGGCAGCCCGGAGCUCCCCCGCGCCUGCCCGCGGCGGCCGGUGAGGGGCAGGGAGCCGCACAGCCACGCAUCUGCCCGCGAGUGACCGCGCUGGUGAGCGAGGGGAGCCGGGCAGCCCUGGGCGAGGAGAGCGCAGCCAGCACGGCGGACCAUGGGGGCAGCUCACGGCAAAAAGAAAGAAUAUUCCCUUCAGCCCAAAUGUCCAAGUGGAAGUGGGAAGCCCAGGAGCAGCAGCUCAGCCUCCAUGUACACUGAAAUACAGCGGGAGCAGCCAGACGGAGGGAAUAUCCUGACUCACCCAGACUACAUAGAUGGAAACCCAGACCUUAUCAAACCUAAGAAACUCCUGAAUCCUGUAAAAGCCUCCAAGAGCCACCAAGAGCUGCACAGAGAGCUGCUGAUGAACCACAAAAGGGGUUUCAGUAUGGAGAGCAAGCCAGAGCUGCAGCGGGUGCUCGAGCACCGACGGCGAAACCAGCUCAUCAGACAGAAGAAGGAAGAGGAAGAGGCAAAGAAAUUGCAGUCUCCUUUUGAAAAAGAGCUGUUAAAAAGGCACCAGAGGCUGGAUCAGCUGGAGAAAGAGCAGGAGAAGCAGGAAGACCAGGAGCCAGAAUUCAUUAAAGUCAAGGAGAACCUGAGAAGAACAUCAACAGUGGCUGUGGAUGAGAAAGCAGCCUAGCUUCUGCCCGAGCUGGGCAGAGGUCCUACCAAGGCUGGCGCUUACACACACACGCUGACAUCUCUGUACAUGGUGGACAUUCACGGAUGCAUCACUGGGGCUGCUCAUGGUUAUUAACACUGGCCCUGGCAGAAGGCAAGAAAAAGGCUUUCCCAGCCCAGGAAGGUAUCACUGUGGGAAAGGUGCAGUAUUCACUGAAGAAGUACUCACAGGAGGAGAUACAAAGAGGAAAGGAUGUUAUUCCCCACCCCCCACCCUGCCCCCACCUCAGGUUGUGGGUGCAUGCUAACCUCCAGCUAACUCUUGGUUAACCCUUGAGACACAGUGACUGUUUAAGCCAGGGAAGUCUGUUCAAGCAAGGGAAAUCUGUGGAGGGAUAGUUUGGGGGACCACUGCUUCUUCCUGGAGGCAGGCUUGCCAGGCAUGGGGCGACAGGAGGGCAAUGCAGGUCUGGAGACCCUCCUGGAAACCUGGCAUGGUAACUAAAAGGGACAAUCUGCAUAUCACUGAGAACAGCCCAGGUGACCACAAUGGCUUUCCCAAGGGCCACUGGUAUGGCACCAGUGUGCAAGCCAAGCCUGGCUAAGGCUGCUUGUCCCAGCAGCACACCCAUACUAUUAGAAAUACCCAACUCUGCCCUUAGCACUGCAGCACAGGCAGGUGCAGCUGUUCCUCACAAACACCUUCACACUGCAUUUGGAACUCGUCUGAAAACAGCUAUUUGGGCAGUUCCAUGCUCAGGCAGAAAAAUACACUGGACCAUGCCCCAAGUGAAAGGUAAACACUCUGUGUAGAAAGCAGGGGCUGCUUGUUUUCAGCAUGAGUGUUCAUGGAAGCAUUCCAUGACCAGACAGCUGAUCCCUAUGGAUAUAGCAGACAGACAGACUGCUUCUUGCCCCAGCUGCCAGGCUUCAACCUGGCACUCAGCAGCUGGACAGAGAUCCACAAAAACAAUUGUCCUCUGAUUGAGAGGUAAGGUCAUGAUGGGAUCAGGCUGUUCUGUUCUGUUAACUACCCUGCACAGAGCUGGCAUCUGCUGGCACCACGGGCUGUGGUGCAUGUAGGUGCUGAUGCAAAACUACUUGUCAAUGAUGACCAUUCCCUUUUCCAGAGGUCAGAGCUGCCUCAUUUCAACUGCCACUUUGCAAAGCUAAAAAUCUUCUUGCUGCUGGUGCAGCAAAGCUGAGCUAGAUGGCAUAGCUGCACUUACAGGGCACCCGUGUCUUGAGGUGUCCACAUCUAGAGUUAGAAUUGCACCUUUAGGAAGAUCUCAGCUUCUUUCUUCUCACAUCAGCCCUGAUACAAAGCCUGAACAUCACAACUCACCUACUGCCUUUGAACACGGGCUCCUGAAGGGCAAGCCUCAAUGGCCCUAGUCAGCUGGGAGGGUAAUACUUGGUUAAACAAUAUCUACUAUCCACAUCUUCAGUGAAUCCAUCCAUACAUUGAGGGAAAGUGGGCAUUUCUCACAUAUUUAUUAAAAGGUUACUAAUCCACUCCCUAGUCUCCCUGGACCAGUAGGGUGUUUCACUUCAGACUGACUUGGCAGCUUGAACUACACACCUGAGCCACACCACAUGUCAAGAGCAGCGAUGCAGGUAUGGGACUUCUACAACAGAUGGCACCAUGAAAGCCUUUGACUCCAUUUCAGUCUCUGAGAGCCCCAUGCCAUGGCAGUGUCUCUGCAGCAGUUUUUAAGCUCCUUGCUCAUCAUGCUUACUCUAAACAAGCUUUUACUUCAGAAAUCCACUCCAUAUGGUCACUAGGAGCCAAAAAAAAAACCCCACACAGCAUCUGAAAGGAUCUAUUAUGUCCUUUCCAACUGUGAAGAUUUUCAUUUGGGUGAUGACCAAAGCCAUGAUGAAGACACAGAAUCAACCAUUUUUUUAAUAAGGGGGCAGAAAAAAGAGCCAAAUUUCUCCAAGAAAAAAAGAAGUGUUGCUAUGGAUGCUUGGUACCUGGCUGUAAAGAAGGCAGUGUGGCAUCCCAUGGGUAACAUGGGUUUAAAUAGCAAGCCAGAAAUACUGUGCUGGUGUUUUGUGAGGGGUUAUGGCACAGGUUAAGUAAUCCUGAUCAAAGCAAAUCAAUUUGUCAUUUGGCCACAGAUGGAAAUGCACUCCAGGAGAGGCAAAUCUGUCACUCCAUCUGCACCACUGACAUCAGUGUUAGCAGCACACCCGGGCUGGGAUGGGGGCUUUUAUGGAAGUCUUUGGGUGGGAGUCAUCCAGUGAGGUCUGGGUAAGUUGAGCACUCAGUUCAGCAAAGAAAAGUUGAAAAUAUUUUGCUGCACUCUCCCUGAAUACAAAAAUAUGCCUGGGAAAAGGGGAAAAAAUCAUAAUCAAAGCAUCUCCCUUUGACGUGGUGCUCACCAAGCACUGAAUGAGGCUGCACACCAGUGCAGUCCAUGAUAGCUGAGGGGUAUCUGGGUCGUUUUCAGCAGGUAUCCAUCAGGAAAAGGAAUCACAGAAUGUGAGGAGCUGGAAGGGACCUCAAAAGAUCACUCAGUUCAAGCCCCCUGCAGAAUAGGAUCGCUUAGAGCAGAUCACACAGGAACACAUUCAGGCAGGUUCUGAAGAUCUCCAGAGAGGGAGACUCCACAACCCCCCUGGGCAGCCUGUUCCAGUCUUCUGUCACUCUCACAGGGAAAAAAAUCCUUCUCUUGUUUCCAUGGAAUUUCCUAUGCCUCAGCUUCCACCCAUUGCCCCCUGUCCUGUCAUUGGGCAUCACCCAGCAGAGCCUGGCUCCAGCCUCCUGGCACUCACCCUGCACAUCUUUAUAAACAUGAAUGAGGUCACUUUAAAGCCUCCACUUCUCCAAGCUGCAGAGACCCAGCUCCCUCAGGCUCUCCUCAUAAGACAGAUGUCCCAUUCCCUUAGGAAAGGAAGGGCCAAGUCAUAGUGUCCUAACCUGGACUGAGCUCACAGAGCCACAAGAAAUUCUUCCAGCAGUGGAGAAAGAGCAGAAAGCCCUGACCUGUCUGCCUCCUGGAACCCUAUGGGCUGUGAGCCAGGACCCAGCCACACAUCCACACAUCCACACACCAAACUGACUGCAAGCAGACAACAGCUCCCACGGGGCCAGCAUAGGCUGUAGCAGCCACUGGCACAUAGUGGGGUACAAGAUGCUUUGUCCUCAACCUGAUCUGCAGGCUCCAUGUGAUGGCACUUGGGAAAUGAUGCAAGCAUUGGCUUAAAACUCACAGCAUCUUCCAGCACAGCUCUUCUCACCCCUGCACACUGGUAAGGGUAAGCCUUCUGGCUAGGCUGAGACCCAGAGCCUGUACAGCUCUCUCACCAGUGCUCUCGUGCUUUACGGUGUGGCAGCAUGGAGGUGGCACCCAAAAAACCUAUCAGUGUAGGCAUCACCAGGAAGAUUUUGGGAUAUCUUUGUGUCUCUACUAAACAAAUUCUUCCCUACAUCCCUAAAACACAUUCCUGAAUAAAGGUGGUGUAUCCAGAAGGUAAAGCUUAUCGGAGCAGUGAUGGAAGACCAUUUUUUGCCCUGUGUAUGUGGCGUAUUCUGUGCACUCUGUGUUGGUGUUCAUGCAUUUAUAUGAAACUCUGUUGUGCAUCUCUAGUUAAUGAACUCACACUGUUUAAUGUGGACACUGCUGAAAGAAAUAAACUAAACCAUGAUUGUGCAUUUCGCUCCGUUCCGCAAGGAGCUGAAAAAGCUCCGCGGGUGCAAGCGGAGAACAGCCAAAUAAAUGGAAUGAGCAUAAAACUCA